AUGGCGCAAGGUUCCAGCCUAAGAAUUGCCCAUAAUUUAAUUAAGUUUUAUAUACACAGACAUGAGGUUUUGACAGAUUUUAAUUUGUUGUUUGUUUUUGUACCCCUCUUUCAUCAGCUCCACCUGUUUGACAUAAACGUCGAAGGGGGAAUAUGCUUUCGCGAGUCCGAUGUCCUGUCACCCGGAAACAGUUACACAACCUUUGACCUCCCACAAUGCAAAGUGGGGAUCGGCAUCUGCUACGACAUUCGAUUUGCCGAGAUGGCCCAGGUCUACAGCAAAAUGGGUUGCAAACUCUUGUUGUAUCCAGGAGCCUUCAACAUGACUACAGGCCCUGUGCACUGGGAGCUAUUGCAAAAAGGACGAGCCCUUGACAAUCAGGUGUACGUUGGUACCAUUUCUCCUGCACGUGAUACAUCUGCCACUUACAUUGCCUGGGGUCACUCCACCUUGGUCAGUCCAUGGGCAGAUGUUGUAGCAACUACAGAACAUGAAGAAGGGAUUGUAUAUGCUGAUUUGGAUAUGGAUUACGUACAAAAAGUCCGUCAGAUGGUUCCCCUCGGUGUCCAGAAGAGGAAUGAUAUGUACGAAAUUGUUACCAAGAAAUAACUUACUCCUCAGUUUAAAAAUGAAUGAAUAUAAUACAUUUUCCUAAUCCACAGUGCUCAGUGCUAUGAUUAAGUUUAGUUAUAUAGAGAUACAGUGUUGAAUAA